GUCAUGGCCCGUGCUGACGAUUUGGUUUACUGCCUUUGUGUCUCUGACUCUGGGACGGCCUCGGUGUGCGGUUGGGUUCUGGAGCAGCAGGGCGAAGACGUUAUACUGGGUACUGUUCCGAUACCAGAGGUUGCAAACUCGACAAAGGCAAAAACUGGGACCAAGGAGGUUGGAUUCGUCAGGGUGGGCCUUGAUAGCGUGAGCACUCAGCAGCCUAGGGAAUGGAAGGGCCCGCGGCCUAGCGAACUUCCCGACAUCACGUCAUGCAGGACAGCCUGGAAGAAGGUAAGUGCAGAUUUAGUGAGCAGCGAGACCGAGCCGGUCGAGGUAGAAAGGCCGCAAGGGCGGCGACCUCGCCGGGGACUUGCGAGCGAUCUGGGCAAUCUUCAGGGGCUAUUUGCUGGAGUGGGGGGGGAAGGCGACGACACGGACGACGACGACGAGGACCUUCCGCCAAAAGGGGGUCGUGGGUCUUUUCUGGCUCCAGGACAGUCCAUAUCUUUGGGGGACCGGAAAAAGAAGAAGGCAGAGAGCAAGAAGGAAGACGAGCUGGACCUAAAAAGGUUGGUGGCCUCAGGGCUGGCUUCAGGGCAAAGCCCGUCCGACCUCUUGCCGGUCAUGAUGAUGGGUCUUCUCUUGGACCGCGAUCAGGGGAGCAAGAAGAAGAAGAAGGACCGGGCCAGCAGCAGCAACGACGAUUUAGGGCUCCUUGGUUUUUCGUCCUCAGGCAGCUCAAGCGAGAGCGAGGGCGGACACAAAGGGAUGAAGGCUGUGAGCACGCUCCAUCGGAUGCACCGUCAGAUCAAGCAUCGGCCCCGGAAGAUUUGCGAGCUAUUCGAGAAAGAGGUGAUCGAGGAGCUCGGGAUUGUGCCGGGCCAAGCUUGGACUCUGCGGGAUUAUGUUCGCAAACAGUCUUGGGGAAAAUUUCGCGGAAUCUACAGGUGCGCUUUGAUGGAUGUGGCAGCUUACGAGCUGAUAAGGUCCAAUCAGGCGGACGCAGCGGCUGCACAACUCGUGCAGAAUCUCAAAGCGAAAAUCCAGUGUGUGCUGAACCAUGGCGAUUGGGAGACGGCAUGGCUUCUCACUGGCCUGGUGGAGAUGUCGAUUGUGUCGAGCUAUUUAGAUUCCCUGGCGAAGCUGAAGAAGAGGCUCAAAGAGACCCGAUCCUCAGGAGGAGCAGGCGGAGACGACGACGAGGAGCCGGGUGUGCUGCCCUACCCGGAGAUAAUCCGUUCUGGGGUGGUUGGUGCAGAGGGUCAACUUAAUCGGCUGGGUUGGGCAAAGCGGUUCAUGAACACUUCUGUCUGCUGGUCCAACUUUGUCUCUUUGGGGUGCCCGUCUGCUGGUGGCCGCUAUGAGCCGCGGGGAGGCUAUCGCUGUCUGGCCGAGAUGCGAGACUUUGCUGACAAGCUCCUUGCCGAGGUGGUUGAAUUUGGCGACCUGGAGUUGCUUAGUGGUGUUCUGGCUUGCGAGGGUAAGCGGGGCAUUAUUGAUGAGCUUCUUUCCCAGGUUCAGUGUACAGUUGGUGCAUGUUAUGCUGAUUUCCGGGGCCCGGGUGACGGGGAGGCUGGGGUACCUACUCUUCCUGUAAGGGCUGAGCGAAUUGCGGUGCCGGAGGUGGCUGGGACGGUGGAUCCCUGUGUACUUCUCGAUCCGGUUCGGAGCGAGGUGGUGGCCAACUUGGAUCGUUUGCGCAAGCCAGAGUGUGAAUGGGAUGAGGUGGUUCGUGCUUUCCAUCAAGUGCCGCGGGAUGAGGAGGACAAGGUGGUCAGACGACUUCUCUCCACCAAGAUGGCAGUGCUGGUUCCUGAGAGUGAACUUCCUUGCAACUCUAGAGGCAGGCUUUUGGUGGGUGGUCUGUUCUCAGUUCUCAAGAACGAGCGGGAGGACCGGCUUAUCUUCGACAGAAGGCCAGAGAAUGCCACCAUGCAUCGGCUUCGUUGGGCAAAGCUGCCGUCAGGUGCAUGCUUCACAAAGCUCCUGCUUGGCGAGUGUGAAUAUCUCAGAGGGUCGGGGGAUGAUCUUCGGAACUAUUAUUACAUGCUGCAACUGCCGAGUAAUUGGGUGCGCUUCAAUGCAGCUGGGAGACGUGUGUCUGCUCAGGUUCUUCGUGAACAAGGUCUUGACCCUCGAGUGCCGCACCGAGCUUGUUUUGCAGUCCUCGGCAUGGGGGAUAAGAAUGGUUGCGAUAUCGCUCAGGCAGUACAUGAGAGUCUUCUGCAGAGGCAUGGGUUAUUGAGGAGUGAGUGCACUUUGCAGUACGGAACCCAUUUGCCCGAGGGCGAGCUUCUGGAGGGAGUCUAUUUAGACGACCUGCUGAUCGCAAAGAGGUGCGCUGUGGCUAAUCCCGUUCCGGUUGAUGGCUCCUUUGUUCCACCUGCCGCCCAGGCCGAGGACUUGGAUGUGGUUCAUGUCAAGGUCGCGGAGGCGGCUUACAAGGAGGCCGGAUUUGCGAGAGCGGAACAUAAGGCUUUCAGACAGUGCACUUCGUUCAAAGCAUGGGGUGCGGAGAUCAAUGGAGUGAUCGGUAGAGCCGCGUGUCCUUUGUCGGCAAGGCGUCAGCUCUGGCAUCUGCUGCAGAAGUUGGUGGCAGGCGGAUGGGCUUCGGGUGAUGUUCUGCGGAAGGUCAGCGGUUAUCUCUCUUAUGCUUUUCAAUAUCGACGUGAACUGUAUUGUUUGCAACAUCAUCUCUACAAACACAUAGCCAGGUUGGAACCGCGGAAAUGGGUCCGUCUUCCGGGACACAUACUUGAUGAAUUGAGAGCCUGUGCCUUACAUCUUCCAUUCGCAUUUUGGGACAUGCGCCGGCCUUUGAAUCAGACUCUGACGGCCACUGACGCAACCCCCACGACAGGUGGAUGUGUCUCGGCUUCCAUUCCCACGACAUUGGCGGCGGCCUUGUGGCGCCACACUGAAGUGAAAGGGGAAGCCACACGGCUGGACAGGUCUUUGCUGCUGGAGCUUCAAUCGGAGGCGCCUCGGGAAGCUUCGACUUUCGCUAGCACCGUGGCGGAAUGCCUAGAGUGGAAAGUUGAGAGCAGCUAUGUUUUUAGGGAAACGUCGCAUAUCAAUUUGCAGGAGGCAAGAGCUCUACGUAAAGAGGUGGUGCGUAUGGCCGCGGACCCAAAGCAUCAGGGCAAAGUGUGCAUUUUCCUGAAUGACAGCUUCGUGGUGACGGGGGCUUUUGGCAAAGGUCGCUCCUCCUCAUACAAGCUCAAUGGUAUCCUUCGAGGCCUGCUACCUCACCUGGUGUUUGGUCGCCUGACGGUUGGGAUCAUUUGGAUUGAGACAGACUCCAACAUUGCUGAUUUCCCUUCCAGGUUUACGCCUCUUCCUGCCCCAAAGGUGGCUCCUCCAUGGCUUGCAGGGCGUUUUGGGGUUCGAGGCUCAGUGAAAGUUGGUGUGGAAGUCUUUGCAGGAUCAGCCCGUUUAACUGAUGCGCAUCGGAAGCGGGGAUUGAGGAUGCUUGAUCCUGUUGAUCUCUGUUACGGACUGGAUGCUUUCGAUGUCCGCCUGGACAAGGCAAUUCAUGACCGUGAAGUGUUCUGGAUCUGGUUGGCCCCGCCCUGUGGGUCCUUUAGCCCGCUGAGGAACUGGGACCGUGGAGGGCCGCUCAGGCCAAAGGGAUUUCCAGAGGGAGAUCAGUCCAACCCCAUGGUUUUGGCAGGCAAUCGACUGUGGAGGCGGGCAUUGUAUUUGCUGGAGCUUGCUCUGGAGGCAGGGGUCUUCGUAUUCUUGGAACACCCUUUUAACAGUGCUGCAUGGCGCAUGAGGGAGAGCGAGGUCCGUCUCAAGCAUGAUUCUUUGUGCUCGUAUCGUCUGGAUUGGUGUGCCUUUGCUGAUGCCUUCCGCUUGGGGUUGCCCACACAAAAGCCCACUCGUGUGAUCACAAAUGCUCCAUGGUUCAAGGGUGUUCCACGCACGUGUCCCAAAGAUCAUGAACAUGGUCCACCAUUGAGGGGAAAGAGGGCUCGGUUGGCUGGUGCUUAUCCCACUGAGUUCUGUGACGUCCUGGCAAAUGCGCUUGCGGAGUGGUGGUGGUCUGCGAUGAUGGGAUGUUGGCUGGCUUUCGAGGGGCUGCUACGGCCUGGAGAAACUUGUAACCUCCUGGUGGGGGACCUCACCUUCCCUGAGCUUGGCUGGGCUGAAGAGGCAGCGGUUGGUUUGGUGCUUGCGAUACGCAAACCUAAAACUCGUCGGGUGUGGCGUACACAAUUUGUCCUCAUCAAAGAUUCGGCCUUGAUCGCAUGGCUGUCAUGGUGGGUGACUGGUCGUGAACCGCAUAGGCUGUUUAUGAGAGUUCCUCGUCGUGAAUGGGCAAAGCUGGUGGGUCGUGCUUUGGAAGAGCUCGAUAUGCACACCAAAAAUUUCACAUUGGGCUCUCUACGUGGAGGAGGUGCCACACACAUGUUCCGUGUCACUGAGAAUAUCACCAAGCUACAAUACCACGGGAGGUGGGCUAGGCAAGAGACAGUCAAGUCUUACCUCCAGGAAGCUUUGUCUACACAGGUCCUGGCCUCUGCUUCAGCGCUUGCUCGCAACCAGCUUGCUAUGGUGCAUCAGCAUGCUCAUUACUUGCGUGCACCGCCGCCUUUUGCUUUGAAGAGCCUUGUGGCUGAGUGA